AUGGGAGAUGGAUUCUUGAACCCGUUCAGUGAUGUCUUUGCAUACAACACCGGAGAUGCAUCGACAAAUACAACCACCAAUACCAAUCCAAACCCGAAAAAGGUGAUCGCAGAUUCUCUUAGUGUCGACAACGCCUAUGGAACGUAUAACAAGCCGCCGAAGCUAAUGGCGAUUGAAGACUACAACCGAUGGGCAGACAGGUUUGAUGGUUGGUUGAAAGCUUUUGCUUACCUGAGUUGGAGGUGUAUGAAGAACGGUUAUGAUAUUGGAAGAAAAGAUUAUGAAAACUUGGCUGAAAAUGAACAAGAGACGUUUAUUGGUGAACAAAAGUGUGUAGCACUAUUACAUCAAUCCGUCAGAGAUGAUAUUAUUUCUUUGAUUAGAUACGAUAAUUCAAAGGAUUUGUGGCUUAAGCUAGAAAAGAAGUGUAUUGGAGGAGAAGAGAUUGUGAAAAACAAGAGACGUCUGCUGAAAAAGGAGUUUGACUUAUUUUCAUGUAUGAAGAAUGAAACACUAUUAAAGAUGAUUGAGCGAUUUUGCCAUCUGAAGAUAGAACUCGUUAGACAUGGGAUCACAAUUACCGAAGAAGAGAUGGUUGAGAAGUUAUUGGAAUCUUUUCCAUAUGAGAAAGAUUGGCAGUACUAUGGCCUGGUUCUGAAAAACACAAAAGCAAUGUCAGAAAUGACAGUUGACUGGUUGAUUGAAAGAUUUGAGAGUCGUGAGUUGGAAAUCAGGAAAAUGAACAAAGUAAACAAUACCCCAUAUCAACAGAAUGUCGAUCUCUACUACAGGGGUAGUAUGAUUCCGAAAACCAAUUCACCGAAAACUGCAUUUUCUGCUGAAAACUCAAACACGGUAACUCAAGAGAAGCAAAGCAGCAGUUCUCUACCCAGCAGUGGUUAUCAUGUAGGUUCUUCUUCGCCUGUUCCAGGAAAUCAUCAACAACAAAAUGUUCCCAAAAACGAUUUUCAAUGUAACAUCGCUGUGAACCUGAACAAUGCUCAAAACUUCAAUGAAGAGACAGCGAAACAACAAAUGGUGUUUCUUGCUUCGAUCUUAGAAUCUUAUGAAAGUUUUGACUGGAGCGAGUUCUUGCCAGAAGAUGAUGAAGUUGGCUUUGCAUUCAUGGCACAAAUUCAUCCUGAAAAAGACAUACGAACUGAAGAGCAAAAAUACAACUAUCAAAAGUUGAUAGCAUUGAAUAUGAGGGAUAAAAUCUAUGUAGACUGGAAAGAAGCCAAAAAGGCAAAUAGAUGGGAUCCGGAUCAGGAGUACUAUUUGGAUCCGAAAGAAUCUUUAAAGCAAGAAGAUGAACAGAGAGAGAGAGAGAGAGAUGUUGCGAAGAAAGCUGAAGAAGAAGAGCUAAAAUCAAAGAAGAUAGAUGAGGGAAUCAUUGACACCACAAAAGAAAUGACGACAGAAAACCUGACAAAAAUGGCCGACAAAGUGCUUAUGGCAAAGGAACUAGAGGUAGAUUCCAAAUCUGCGUCUGAGUCAACAAGCAAGGUAAAAAAAUGGCAAAUCAACCAGCAAUUGGACGAGAUCGCAAAUCUUAAGCUUCAGUUUCAGGAAGCUAAGAUUGAGAAUGAAAGAAUCAAUUUGAAAUUGAACAGUUACAACUCCGCGGGCUUUGUUCUUCAACACAUCGUUCCCAAACCAAUUGGGAAGAACAAAGUUGGUGAAGAUGUGUACUCGGAUGGAACGGGGGAGCUCCCGAGAUCUAUCUCACGGUGGAUUAUGGAUAGUGGAGCAUCCAGGCACAUGACGGGAAGAGAAGCCCUGUUAUAUGAUGUUAGAGGGUUUAACAGUGGAUACGUCGGUUUCGUAGGAAAUCAAGGAGGAAGUAAUAUUGGUGAAGGAACAUUAUCAAAUGGUGUUAUCACAUUUGAAAGAGUCAACUACAUAGCAGAGCUGGAGAAUAACUUGCUUAGCAUUUCUCAAAUCUGUGACAGAAUGUAUUCGACACAUUUCACUGACAAAGAAUGUCUGAUCCUGAAGCUGGGGUUUGUCAUCCCCGAGGAGUGGAUCAUCAUGCGAGCACCACGGGUUAAUGAUCUGUACGUGUUGGAUAUGAGCGUCGCUACGACUACCACGGGUCAACCAUAG